AAGAAAGGAAUAACCAAAGUAGAUCAUGGCAGUAUUAACAGUGCCAGAAUGGGGCAUGGUGACCAUAAUUGGACUGAAUUUCACAUGCAACAACAGGCCUGGCUAGAAAAUUCCAGGCCUGAUUUGACAGGACCUGCUUUGUUGUGGUUGCAUUUGUUCUCUUGUGCUGUGUUAACAGUUAUCCUUUCUGUGACAAGCCUCUCUCCCCAGGCUUCCACACAGAGCAUGAAACUCUCCCUACAUCAAACUCCCAUUUUUGCCUGAGUUGGUAAAAGUUUUGCCGCAGUCUGUCUGCAUAUAGGUGUAGCAUAGAAGCUACCUUGAGACUAUGUUCCCUAGAAUAUGCGAAAAACGCUGAGAGAAGCAAGAGAUGAUGAGUGAACUACCUGAGGACGUGGUGGAUGGGUUGAGCACUGAGGAACUGGAGUGUAAAAUCUGCUAUUGUGCUUACAAUCUUUCCAGUCGGCGACCAAAAAUGCUUAAGUGCUGCCAUCGUUUGUGUUCCAGAUGCCUGGCAAAAAUCCUCAAUAUGGGUGAAUCACCACCAAACUCAGUGGUCUGCCCUUUCUGCCGCUAUGUUACUGAUCUUCCUGGAGAAGCCUGUGGAAGUCUUCCAGAUGACUACAACUUGUUGACUGUGCUGUCCAUCCAAAACCAAUACCUGAAGGGGAGCCAGAGUGAGAUUUUGCUUACUCCCAGACGUUUAAAUUCUCUGGUGAGUCACUCAGCAUCGGCAACACCUUCGUCUCUAUGCUCCAACUACGUGGUCAUCGCUUUUAUGGAAUCACCACAGGAGUGUGCCAUUUCAGCAGAUCACCACUCCUCCAGCCUGGACUCCAUGGCAUCAGUGACACGACGCUGCACAGUGUGGAACUGUAUGACGCUGCUGUGCCAUGCAUUGGCCAUAAUUUUGGUGUGGGUCGUGGGACUGUUGUACUUCAGCUCUCUGCCAACAGGAGUCUACUUAAUUAUCAUGAAGAAGACCACUCUGGGAGUUCUGAUGAUCAGUCUAGUGCCUGUCAGCCUGCUCAUUGUCAUUAUGUAUGGAAUGUGCCGGUGUGUGUGCCAUGAGUUUUGGGACUGUUUGAGACCACCUUAAGGAUCAAAACAGGGAUGUCUCCUAAGAGAUUGCAGCACUUUGUGGAUGUACCAAUAGACUUGACAUGCUAUUGAAAGCCUAAACUACUAAAUAACUAAAGAACAAACUAUUUAAGUCAUAUAAAAUAAAGUUUUACUUUUGAAUAUAAUUUCUAACUAUCAAAGUUUAUCUCUAGAUUCAUGUAUCUUUAUACCACAAUGCUUAUGAAUUCUCAACCUGAACAUGUUGAUUACCUUUUUAAUGGUUGUUGAAUUAUUUUACAACUCUGACAGCAGUUUAAAUGUCAGGUUUGCUAUAAAUGCAUGUUUUCUAAUUGAUAGUUAUUUCUAAUGUAAUAGCCAAUAGACAAACUGUA